AUGGCCGGCGAGAAUAAGGUCUUUGGGUUCGAGGAAGUCGCCAAGCAUAACGUCACCAAGGACUGCUGGAUCAUCAUCGCCGGCAAGGUGUAUGACGUCACUCCGUUUAUGGAUGAGCAUCCUGGUGGAGAUGAGGUUUUGCUAGCUGUAACUGGGAAAGAUGCUACGGCUGAUUUUGAAGAUAUUGGCCACAGUGAUUCCGCAAGGGACAUGAUGGAGAAAUACCACAUCGGGCAGAUAGAUGCUUCAACAAUCCCAGCAAAACGUACUUAUGUGCACCCCCAGCAAGCGCCCAGCCACGCAGACAAGGAUAAUGACCUCCUCAUCAAGAUCCUGCAGUUCCUUGUGCCCAUUAUGAUCCUGGGCCUUGCAUUUGGUAUACGGCAGUACACCAAAUCAGAGUAG